GUGCUUCCUGGUGGCCUACACCUUCAUGAACUUCUCCUGCUUUGUGCUGACCUGGGUGCGCUCGCCGGGUUUCCGGCCCGCAGGCAUGUCGCGAAAACGCUGGCGGUGUUGGUACAUGUUUACCGGCCUCCUGGGUUCUAUCGUCUGCCUCUCCAUCAUGGUCAUCGUCAGCCAGUAUUGGGCGGUCGGCGUUCUCUUCGUGAGCUUCUGCCUGUACCUCUACAUCAACUGGAGGCUUGAGCAGCGAGAGUGGGGCAGCGCCUUGGAUGGUAUUCGCUUUCAGCUGGCUCUCAACUCUCUGAUCCAACUCGAGGAGCGGGGCCACGCGGCCGUGAAUUGGCAGCCCCAGGUCUUGAUCUUGUACCGGAUCCACCUCUCAGAGGAGUUGAAGGGAAUCAAACACCAUGAGAUUCUUCGGUUUUACUCCCACCUGAAAAAGGGGAAUGGCUUCGCCGUGGUCGCCUGUGUGCUCGAGUCCAAGAACCGUGAUGAGCACGCUUUGCACAAAGCCGGGAUUGAGAAAGAUGUGAUCAAGAGCAUCAUGAAGGAGGAGGGCAUCCAAGGCUUUGCCGAGUGCGUUGUUGCUCCAUCAUGGUCCGAGGGUGUGAAUUACAUCAUCCAGCUCAGUGGCAUCGGAGGACUUUCACCCAACACCGUCCUGGUGGAUUGGCCUAUGAAGUGGAAGAGCCAGCCGAAGAAGGCCAUGGAGUUCGUGAACGUCCUCUCCGUUGCUCUUGCGGCUGAGAAGUCUGUCUUGGCAGUUAAGGGCAUGGAGGACAUGCCUCUAAGUGCCGUGGUGGGUACCAUCGAUGUCUGGUGGAUGAUCCACGACGGUGGCUUCAUGAUUCUCUUGAGCUGGCUUUUGCUACAGCACCGCAUUUGGCGGCAGUGCCACAUUCGAAUCUUCACCAUUACCGAGGGUGUGUCUGAAGAGCGUGCUAAGAAUGCGGCUGAGCUCUUGACGCGCACACUGCGACAGCGCAGGCUCUUCGAAGUGGAUGUUGAGGUGGUCAUCGUCGAUGAUGAGAUGAUUCAGCCCUACACCUACGACUGGACCCUGCGCGUGGACCAGCGUCACAAGUUCGUGGAGCAGCUGCAUGGAUCUAAGGCCACCAAAGAAGGCAUUGAUGCCAUUCCCCUGGAGAUCGAUGACCUUUUUAAGAUGGAGGAGGCCGAGGAGCAGGGCAGGCUCAGGUCACACUCGAAGAGUCGGAAAGAGCCCUCUUCGCCCCAGCUGGCGUCGGAAGGAAGUCAGGGGCAGGUGGCGGUGUGCGACCUGCGCUCAGGCCCCAGCGAACGCCCCAACGUGGCGGAGCACGUGCGAGCAUUGGGCGGCGGGGUCGACGGCUCCAGCGCUGCCUCCUUGACCAGCUUGGCUUCCCCACGAAGUGCUCUGCAGGCAAUGGUGAACAACGGCAGCAGCAAGGAGGAUGAUCUCCACAGCACGGAGUUCAGACCGGCCCUGGCCGCCCGAAAGGAGUGGGCUACCGUGGCCUCUUUCCAGAAGCUGAAUGAAACGAUCCUCUCGCGCUCCAAGCGCUCCCAAUUGGUUGUCAUGAAUUUGCCGGAUGUCUGGAGCACCGAAGAGGAUGAGGUCAAGCAUUUCAUGACGUACUGCGACACGAUGACCAGCGGGUUAGACCGAGUCCUCUUUGUGCACUCGACCGGCCAUGAGGUCUUCGAGAUCGGCUAG